AUGCUCUAUCUUGUUGGAUUAGGCCUGGGUGAUGAGACUGACAUCACCCUCAAGGGCCUUGAGGUGGUCAAGAAAUCUGCGCGAGUCUAUCUUGAAGCGUAUACUAGCAUCCUCCUCGUCGACAAGUCUAUCUUGGAGUCUUACUAUGGUCGCGAAGUCAUCAUCGCCGACCGCGAAAUGGUCGAGUCCAGCAGCGACGAAAUCCUAGAGGGCGCUGACACUGUAGACGUCGCAUUCCUGGUUGUCGGAGAUCCUUUCGGUGCCACAACCCACACCGAUCUCGUUAUCCGCGCCCGCGAAAAGUCGAUCCCCGUCCGCACAGUUCCCAAUGCCUCCAUUCUAUCCGCCAUCGGCGCUGCCGGACUCCAGCUCUAUCACUUCGGCCAGACCGUGUCCAUGGUCUUCUUCACAGACAAUUGGCGCCCGGCGUCUUUCUACGACCGGAUACGUGAGAACCGAUCCAUCGGCCUGCACACCCUCGUUCUCCUGGAUAUCAAGGUGAAGGAGCAGAGUCUGGAGAAUAUGGCGAGGGGAAGGAAGAUAUACGAGCCGCCGAGGUACAUGACCGUCGGUCAAUGCGCGCAACAAAUGCUAGAGAUUGAGGAGGAGAAGAAGGAGGGCGUAUAUGGACCAGAAAGCCUUGCUGUCGGCGCCGCGAGGGUAGGUGGCGAGACGGAGAAGUUUGUUGCGGGUACGCUCAAAGAGCUCUGUGAUGCCGACGAUAUCCUUGGAGGGCCUCUGCAUAGUCUUAUACUCCUUGGAACCGGCACGCAUGAGCUCGAGCACGAAUAUGUGCGAGAGUUUGCACUGGAUAAGGAAAACUGGGAUCGGAUUUGGGCUGAAAACUAUCAGAGCAAGAAAUAA